ACUGUUUGUUUCCAUUUCCGCUCUCUCUCGCCCACACGUUCCACAGCGCACCAAAUACUCUCUGUUACCCCGCCGCCGUACCAGCUCCCGCCGGCGAAGACGAGUACCAAACCGAGCCUUCUGCGUCGAUACAGUUACGGCUCCGGCGAUGUCGUUUUGCCUUCUUCACUGAGAAGGUGAGACCUAGGUUGUCCUAUUUACGGUUUCCAUUUCUGGCCAAUUUGUUCCCCCAGCUCCGUUUUUUGGUUUUACCUAUUUACAUUUCUUUGCUGAUUAAUUGAGAGAUCGCGAACCCUAGGCUCUGUUGUCGGUCUGGAUUCCAAGCUUCGAGACUCGAUGCUUCUUUUCCAAUUUCGUCUUCCGUUAAUGGAGGAUUGUGGUGUCUCAGUGAUUUUGUCCUAAUACGGAUUUUCAGAUAUAGAGCAAAUUUUUUGCUCUUUGGGAGUUUUUUAUUUAUUGAAUUGGAUCGCAUGAGAUAUGGCGGGGAACUGUAGGUCUGUUUGUUGGACGGGGAAUCAACCGAAAGUUCUAUCGAUUCCAUUUUUGCUUUCUCUGAAAGCCAGCCUCACGUAUUUCCAGUUUGCUGCUGUAGUCGUGUAGCCCAUGUUUAAUUUGUUCAAUUCGCCCAUUAAUGGUUUCUCACUUAUACAUUAUGAAUGCGGUUUUAUUUGUUGCUAAUGUUAUCUUUAGAGGAUGAGGUUGAUUGUCUGGAUGAAAAAAGGUUGCUAGGGUAAUGGGAUCUUCAAUUUACUUGGUUGAUAAUGGAUUUUAUUUUGUCUUGCUGCUCUUGGAAGUCGCUUAAGUUGUAUUACUGCCGCGAAUUCUAUGAUGGACAUUGAUAUGAGAUAUUAUAUGCUCAUGCAUUUUGGGGAUAGAGUUGUUAGCCAAACUGUGAUCGAAUGUUUUCACAGAUGCGGUUAUUGAUGUGUGGCUUUGUUACUUGGAGACUUUGUUGUUUGAUUAUUCAUAGGAUUGCAACGUGAGAUGGUCUUUCUGCUGUUUUCUGAUUGUGCACUGUGUUUGGUCUGGCCGUUUUGACAGAGUGUCUCUUCUCUACAAGGUAGUUCUACUGGAUGUGUACUUUUGUGCUGGUUUAGAUACACCGACAAAUCAUGGGAUUGGCUUGCUGUACUCCUUUGAAACCUAAACAGCUGCCCACUGGAAGUGAAUAUGAUACCCCACUUACUGAUACCCGAUGCUCCCGAGCACUGAACUUGCAGUGGGAAAACCGGAGGCGUGUGACUGGUGAAAGUGAAACAGAAGAGUCAUCUCAUGACAUCCCUCUUAGACCUGGCAGAGGAUAUGGUGAGGAGAUAAGGUUCGGGUUAGGUUCUGAUAGAAGGAAUCACUCUCACGGUGGGAGCCUGCCCGAGAGCUUUGGAACACCGAUCUCCCUUAGGUCACCAGUCCACGAAGAAAUUGCUCGAAAUGAGGCGACUAAUUCAUCAAAUAAAUCAAUUGGAAGCAGCUACCUCGCCGAGCUUCAAAAUCUUGUAAACUCGCCUGAAAUCCCAGAGUCAUCGUCCGGCCCAAAGAUUCCAUACUGUAUCAACUCAUCAUAUUCAACUCCUCUCGAUCCUUCCACUCCUUGGCUCCACCCGCUUCCUCCCAACUCAACCCCCUCAAGGCGUGCUCGUCGCUCCCCUGGACGAAGGCUGCUGAGACAGAUUUCCGACAGCAGAAUUCUUGGUUUAAAGUCACCAAACAAUCAUUCCUUAUCCGAAGGCAGGCCAUCAUUCGUCCUCUCCAUAAACAGCCAUGAUUUGGCAAUUGGUUCAAGUGGGUCGGAUGGUUGGUCCAUGCGCACCUUCUCUGAGCUUGUCGCCUCUUCUCAGAGGGGACGUUGGUCUUUUGAUGGGGACCACUUGGAUGACAAAAUGAGCGGGUCCAGCAGCAGGUUCUCAUGUUCUCCUUCCCUGGGCCCACACGUUUGCAGCUCAUGUCUAAAGCGGUUGACAGAUUUACAACCAUGGAAGAGCCAGGUGGUGGCUGUCUUGGACUGUGGCCACGUGUAUCACGCUGAGUGCCUGGAGGCUGCAACGUCGGAGGUCGAUAAGUAUGAUCCCUUUUGCCCAGUGUGCAUGUCAGCAGGAGAGAAGCAGGUUGGGAAAGCAGCGGCUAAAGCUCGUCGAAAGUUUUCUUCAAUACGGAAGGCAAAGAGCCACAAGAUAUCGAGGAACAGGAUUGUGGAUAGUCAUCUGGACAGUGAUUCCGAUAGUCUUUGUGGACAAGAAUCCCUUUCCGGUGCAACAAGUUCAUCUAAAGUGUCUUUCUUGAGGCGGCACUUUUCUUUUGGGUCGAAAUGGAGCAAACCUGCCUCCCGGAACGACUCAGGCACUAAAAAAGGGUUUUGGCCACGACAUCAGAAAUGUUGAUGACAUGCUUUGUGCUGCUUUACAGGUACAUAGUUUGUUCACUUGAUUUAACACAUGAGAAAUCACUCCACCUGAUAAAAGUAAUGCAAGUACUGAUUUCCCUUUUCCUUGUUUGGCAGAGAAAACACGCUGAUUUUGAGCCCACCCGAGACCCGUCGUAAGCCAUGAUGCAUCAGCAGCAGCUGGUCUUCCGGCUAUUACUGCGUUCCCUCCUCCGAGUUUCUUGGUGAUGAGAGGGAAGGUGGGAGAGGGUUAGAUUAGUGUUAAAUCUGAACAAUACUUACCCUGCCUUCCUGAUUGCCUAGGGGCCUUUUGUUUUUAUAGUUCAUGAUGGGGCUGGACCUUGCAUUAUCUUUACUGCGAGUGAAUCAUGGCAGCCAGUUCCUUUUCAGCAAUCAUUUCAUCUUUAGGCCUUUCAUCACAGAGUCCUUCUAUUGCUAAAUUGCAGCUUCGUUUACUAGUUUAAAUUUAAGCAGCUUUAACCCUCUUGAACCGGUUUCUGAAAAAGGGCAAGAUCUUAUACUUAUGACAGGUUAAACUAGUUUCGAGAGUAUAUUUUGUGAAUGUGCGGUUUUGCAAUAUACGUUCGAUCUCUGGGCAAAUAAUUCAAGUUAUGAGAC